CGAACUACCCAAGUACGAUCCCCAAGGCAAGACACAUAUUUCAAAAGAUAAAAGAAUAAUUUAGAUACGGUAGCAAAGUAAAACAAAAGAAAGUGUAAACUACGUUAACUAAAAAAAGGAAAACGUUAACUACGGUACACGUUAACUACGGUACGGUACGGUACACUGAAUAUUGUAAAUUUUUUCAAAAAUUUUUUAUGAAAGGAUAACAUGAAAAUGAUCCAAUUAGGUCAUCCGCUCAUAAUAAUCUGAAAUAUGUGACGUGGAAGUGUUGGGAAGCAGUCUGGAUGGUCCUGUACCACAUUUUUGCGCUUGAGAGCUCAGUGCUCCGCUCCCAGUGGUUGCUAUUUCACGAAACAUUGGGAAAAUGUUUUACUACAUGCACAGAUUGUACUCGUAAAGUUUGGUCUGAUUUGAUAUUUCUUCACUUGUUUUAUGGUAAAAAAUAGUAUAUGUUAACACAUUUGUAGUGUUUUGAACAACUAGAUGUACUGAAUAUUACUAUUUUUUACCAUAAAACAAGUGAAGAAAUACUAAAUCAGGCCAAACUUUACGAGUACAAUCUGUGCAUGUAGUAAAACAUUUUCCCAAUGUUUCGUGAAAUAGCAACCACGAGGAGCGGAGCACUGAGCUCUCAAGCGCAAAAAUGUGGUACAGGACCAUCCAGACUGCUUCCCAACACUUCCACGUCACAUAUUUCAGAUUAUUAUGAGCGGAUGACCUAAUUGGAUCAUUUUCAUGUUAUCCUUUCAUAAAAAAAUUUUGAAAAAAUUUACAAGAUUCAGUGUAUUUAUCGUUAAAAUUUCAAAAAUUAGGGGAUCGUAUAGAAGUUCGACGGUCGUUUUUUCGACUUUUAGCCCGCGCUUUUUAGACUUAGUUAGCAUUUUUUUUAGUAUUGCAUCAAAAAAUCUCCUUAAGAAUGGUAUUGCAUCCUCAAUUACUUAGGUUUGUCCCUCCAAUAGUUUUGCACCCCUAUAAUCUUGCACUCUAUUUUAUGUAAAUUUUGAAUUUCAAAAUUGUUCAGCAGAUCAGAAUUCAUGGAUACUUGGUAAAACAAAACAUUUUGUAGUGAAAAAAAAAACUGUUUUAUAAUUUCAUAGUGCAUUUCCAUAACUUCUAUUGUAUAUAAUUUUGCUCUUUCUCAAACAGGUUAGUAGACAUAAUAUAAACAAUGACGCAACCCAGUUGAACACAAAGGCACAGCGUCAUUAAAAUUGAAUUAUCUCAAAAUGUAUAUAUAAGUACUUAUAUUGGUAGGUUGUGACGUUAUACUUUUCCAAGAUUUACCAAUUUAACUAACUUGUUGAUAAACGCGCAUGGAUUGAAUUUAAUUUUGACGUAGAUACUUACGAGAUAACUCAAUUCAAUUUAGUUAUUUUUGAUCCAUCACCUUUUCUAUGCGAAAAUAGUUCUAUGAUCUGCUAUCUGAUUUUUGUUUUUUUUUAUUUGGGUAGUGGCUAGAACGUUAUGAUUUAAUAAUGAUGAUUGUUACUAAAGCUAUCAGUUGAAUAGCAAAUUCUUAAUCAGUCAGUGAAAUGGUUUCUAUAUUCUUUUUGCAUAUUACCAUAGAGAAUUUGAUUACUAUCAUCUAUUUUCAAUUACAAAUCAAAGCCCAAAAACAUGAGUAAUGCUAACAAAUGUCAUCAACCAAAUCUCUAAUUGUUCAUUCAAUUUUUCUUUAAUUUUACAUCUUCAUUUUUAGAUUUCACACGUCUUUAGGAUGUAAUCCCGCCUUUACACUCUCUAAACUGAAUUCGAAAAAAAGAGGCGGAGUUGAAACUAGGAGUACAAAAGAGAGCUGCGUUUUUCAUCUUAUUCAGCAGUUUGCUUCACUGAAAAUGUCCACCUUUUCGUGCAUCCUUCUCCUUGCAAUUUCUUUUGUCUCCCUCUCAUUUGGACUAAACUGCCAUGUCGGAGAUGAAGCCACCACGACCAUCCUUGGAGGAUUCGACUACUGCUAUGUCGGGACUGAACAUAAGACUAGAGAAAAAGUCUAUGGAGGAUCGACUGGAUCAUUUGAUAUGAAUGAGGGAAAUUGCAUGUAUAGCAUUAACACUGAUACUGGAAACGAGUAUAUCAACUGUUACUGCGACUACGAGACCUGCAACUCGCCACCAGACCGCACCAAGCCACUGUCCGGACUUGCAAAGUUUGACCGUACCCCUUUCUCCUGCCAUGAUUGUUAAUCUUAAAUUUUUCUUUUACCAAAUCAUUGUUUCUUUUCCUUCCUCUCUGAUUUCACCUCCUGUCCCAUAUACCUCCUACCCAACUAAUUUGCAGACCUCUUCUUCUUUUCUCAAAACCAUUUUAUUAAUUUAUUGUAGAUCAAAACUUGGAACACUUCAAUGAAUACAUUUUUAAC